AUGGAUAGCAGGUGGAGAAAGAGUGAACUGCCUUCCAGUGCUUCCCAAUACCUUCAGGUGAAAUCUCACUAUGUUAUUUCCAAUGGUUCCGUUGAAUUCACGCCUGCAACAUUUACUCUUGUUGGUAUCCCAGGACUGGAAGCAGAGCACAUCUGGAUAUCUAUCCCUUUCUGCCUGAUGUACAUCAUCAUCUUCAUAGGAAACGGCAUCAUUCUACAUAUCAUCCGGAUUGACCCUGUGCUGCAUCAGCCCAUGUACUUUCUUCUGGCCAUGCUGGCCCUUGUUGAACUUGGGGUCUGUGCUUCCACCGUACCCACAGUGCUAGGCAUUUUCCUCUUUGGCAUUCAUGACUUUCACUGCUGGUUGGCAUCUCAUGGGAUUGACUUUAAUACCUGCCUAGCACAAAUGUAUUUAAUUCACACAUUUUGCAUAAUUGAGUCAGCCCUCCUAGUUGCCAUGGCCUUUGAUCGGUAUGUAGCUAUUUGCAUCCCACUGCGUUAUACAACCAUCCUGACAACAACCAUGGUCAUUAAAAUGGGCCUGGGUAGCAUGACCCGAGCUACCCUUAUGGUUUUGCCCUGUCCUCUUCUCAUUAAGAGGCUACCAUAUUAUACCAAAAAUGUCAUCAAUCAUACCUAUUGUGAGCACAUGGCUGUGGUGAAGUUGGCCAGUGCCAAUACUCUCAUUAACAGAGCCUAUGGCAUCUCAGUGGCCCUUUCAGUGAUGGUAUUGGACCUAGGGCUCAUAGCCACAUCCUAUAUCAAAAUCCUCCAGGCUGUCUUUCAGCUCUCUUCCCAGAAUGCCCGCUCUAAAGCACUGGGCACCUGCGCUGCCCAUGUCUGCACUAUACUUGUCUCCUAUACACCUGCACUAUUUAGCUUCCUAACUCACCGCAUUGGCAAGAAGGUACCUCCAAGCGUCCACAUAAUUUUUGCAAGUUUGUACCUUCUGGUACCCCCUACAGUCAAUCCCUUGGUAUAUGGUGUCAAGACCAAACAGAUUCGGGACCAAGUGAUAGGUCUCUUCUUCCCAAACAAGAAAAUUUCUGAAAACUGA